CGCGAGGAUGACCAAGACACCAUCACCUUCGGCGAGUUCGUUGGCUACAUGAACGAGCGAGAGUUCCGGAAGCAUUUCGAUGCACGGGGCCUGACCCAAAAGGACACGAGGAUGCUGUUCAAGAUGCUCACCUCCUACAACUCCGGCACGGUUUGCCAGGGCGGCGAGAAGAGGGUCCAGCUCUCCGCCUUCCUGGCGGGCUGCAUGCGGCUGAAGGGGGAGGCGUCCAGCAUGGACGUGUACGCCGUCAGCUGCGGGCUGCACUUCGUGCGCGCAGCCCAGGCCGAGUUCGGCGCCUGGGCGGAGGGGCAGUUCGCGGAGCUCAGGGCCCGCCUGGAGGACACGGCGGCCCUGACCCGCGCCCCGGGCCGCGGGCCUCCUGGGAGCUGAGGGCGCCCCGUGCGGCUCGGUCGCAGCCCCACGACUGCCCGGCGAGCGGCGCCCCCUAUGGGAAGCGGC